AUGGAAACUGCCUCCUUGGCCACACGAGGCCUUUACCCUGCGGUGCCUCCGGCCUAUGAGUCGCGAAGUGAUAUCAAUCCGACCUUGAUGAUGAGCUGGUGGGCCACGGGCUUCUCUCUGGCUAUUAUUAUCGUCCGAUUAUGCGGUCGCUACGUGCGAAUCGAGCGUUUCUUUCCCGAGGACAAAGUCGUGAUGCUCAGCGUCAUCCCGCUCACCAUUCGCAUGGUGCUGGUUCACUUCGUAUUGGUCUUCGGGACCAACAAUACUCAAACGGCCGGGUUGACGCAGGACCAAAUCGACAAAAGAGUGAUCGGAAGUAAGCUGGUCCUGGCAGCACGCAUCUUCUACGCCAUCUUUAUCUGGACAGCCAAGCUUACGGUCUGCGAAUUCCUGAAACGAGUCACUGGCAUGGUCUGGCGUAAGUCAGUGGCUAUCUUCCUGCGCUUCAUCCAUUUCUUCCUCAUCUCUACGCUUGUCGCCGUCGUCAUCGCGACCCUGGCUGAAUGUCAGCCCAUGGACCAUUACUGGCAGGUCACACCGGACCCUGGACCUAGUUGCCGGAGCGGAUAUGCACAGCUCAUUACGAUGGGGGCUUGCGACGUCAUCACCGAUCUCCUUCUCGUUGCUUUCCCUGUACCCAUCAUCUUGAUGGCCCAGAUGCCAAUUAAACGAAAGUUCGCCCUCGUCACUCUCUUCUGCCUUUCACUGGUUCUCGUCGCUAUCACCUGCUACCGGGUACCGUCCGUGAUUGAGCGUCGAGGUGCACAACCAUAUCGUUCUCUCGUCGCUUCAUUAGAGAUUCUCGCUGCGACAGCAGUCUCUAAUCUCGUCGUGAUCGGUUCUUUCGUCCGUGAUCGCGGCGUCAAGAAACUCAAGUACAAGCGCGCGCAAGGAUCAGCGUCCGUCACCGAAAGCAUGGACAACAGCUAUGUCCGCCGCAACACGGUCAUGCAGCAUCAAUGGGGCAGCGACUCUGACCUUGCCGGUGAUCUGGGCAUCCGGCUCGAUCCCAAGCUCUACUCCUCAACUCCUGGUGCUGCUAUCCCUAUCCCGGCUCCACCUGUACCUCUCAUGGUCGCACGCACCGGCUCCCUCGAUCCAUCGUGGUCCUUCAACCAAAGCCACACCUCAGAUGAAGAACGCGCCUCAACCUCCGACAGCCUCGACAUCAAAGUCAGCCCUCGCGAAUACCUCCCAACCAGCCAAUCGCCUCAUGACAUGCCACCCUCACCCCCACAACCCCUCUCCCGUCGCGUAUCUUUCUUUGAUAUCGGUGGUCUCCUGAGUCAGACCGAACCAGAGCCACAACCAAACUCACGACCCGCCCUCCUUUCACGCCACACAAUGGCCCCCUCAACGAAUACUCCUCCCAUCGAACUUCAACGUCCGCGUCGUGGUAGCCGGGCUUUCCUCGAGGAUCUUGGCGUCCUUGUACCUCGCACCACCGCUUCCGCACCGCCCCAAUCUCAACACCCGUCACGUUUCUCAUCACCACCUUCUAUCAAUACUACCGCUACCACGGGACAACUAUCCCAUACCCUCCCGCCCUACAGAGUCUCACCAGACGUCUCCCUCGACGUAGACGUCGAGCUCCAAGAUGUAGGCGGCCUGCUUUUCAGAAAUACCCACCGACCCUAA